CCGCAGCACCCAGGGAGCGAGCCAGCAUGUUCGAUGAAAAUAGAUUACAAGGUUUUUAAAGCUGUUCUCUGAGGAUCUUGAUUUAGUAUUCGCCUGUACAUUUCCAAAGUAAUCUCACAAUUCCUGGGUUUGACAGCAAUCAAGUUGAGGCCGUGUUUCCACCACUGUAUUUAUUCAGCUGUUCCAAUGGGAUUUUCUCUUAGUAAAUCUGCUACUCAAGUAUCUGCUAUGUGUAUGGAUUCAAAAGUGAAUGAUCACUUAAUGCAAGGGACUGAGAAAAGCAAGUUGGAACCAGUGACUCAGUUAUUUCAAAACACCAAGAAAAUAAAAUUAGAAGACACAAACCAAGAAAACUUUACAAGACGUAAAGAGACUGGUACAGGAUCUCUUUCAGAGAAAACUUUGGGUUCAGUGGUUUAUGUUAAAGAAAGUGAUGGAAUAGAAGUGACAGAUGUGGAAUGAAGUUAUUUGUACCUAAAACCAAAGAAACCUAAAACUGCUUUUGACUAAGAGGGCAUGUUGAAUAAGAAGUUGACCUUAUUAGGAAAACCUAACAAAAUCAAAGAAGAUGAUUGAUUUUUUUCACUGUUUAUGAAUCACCUCAUACUACAUUUUU